AUGGCACCAGAUAAUUUUCUCAGUAAAACAGUAGCACUGACCGAAAACAAUUGCUCCCCAACACAAGUCCUGUCAUCCAUUUCCCACCCCUACUCCCACACCCUUACUCCCACACCUACUACCACACCCCUACUCCCACACCCCUACUCCCACACCUCUACUCCGACACCUACUACCACACCCCUACUCCCACACCCCUACUCCCACACCCCUACUCCCGCCCCCUGCUCCCACACCCCUACUCCCGCCCCUACUCCCGCCUCUACUCCCGCCCCUACUCCCGCCCCUGCUCCCACCCCAACUCCCGCCCCUACUUCCACCCCUACUCCCACCCCUACUCCCACACCCCUACUCCCACCCCUUCUCCCACCCCUCACCCCAUCCCUUCUCCCACCCCGCACCUUCUCCCACCCCGCACCCCUACUCCCGCCCCCCUACUCCUGCCCUACUCCCGCCCCUACUCCCGCCCCUACUACCACACCCCUACUCCCACACCCCUACUCCCACCCCUACUCCCGCCCCCUACUCCCACACCCCUACUCCCGCCCCUACUCCCGCCUCUACUCCCACCCCUACUCCCGCCCCUACUCCCGCCCCUACUCCCGCCCCUACUCCCGCCCCUACUCCCGCCCCUACUCCCACCCCUCACCCCACCCCUUCUCCCACCCCGCACCCCUACUCCCACCCCUACUCCCACCCCUACUCCCACACCCCUACUCCCACACCCCUACUCCCACACCCCUACUCCCACCCCUUCUCCCACCCCUCACCCCACCCCUUCUCCCACCCCGCACCUUCUCCCACCCCGCACCUUCUCCCACCCCGCACCCCUACUCCCGCCCCUACUCCCACAACCCUACUCCCACCCCUACUCCCACACCCCUACUCCCACCCCUACACCCACAUCCCUACUCCCACACCCCUACUCCCACCCCUGUCUCCCCAAGAAUAUGGUGGCUCCCUGAUAUCUUCACUCCUGCAGGCAGUAAAUGGCAUCCCCAGUUUGAGUGGGAUGAUGGCAUGGAGUAG